AUGACUUCUGAGAAUGCACGGAGGGAUAUUCGACAGAAAUGGUAAGAUAAAUAUUAGUGUAUGACGCAUCUAAGGACACACCUUAAUUCCACAGAUGAGAAGACCGCCUUCAUUGUUAAUGAACUUAGAAGUGAGUUCGCUUAUUCAUUAAUUAAGUAGAAAAUGUAGAUGUUCUUGGGUCGUUUAACGACUUCAAUGGGAAGCAACCAGAAGGGAUUGCUUUGGGAAAUCUCCAAGAAUACUCCUAUAACGAUGAUAAUCCGCACAAUGCAAAGUCCAACACAAACCCUGUGAUUCUGAAAGAAGUGGAAAAAAUUAUUGAAGUAUGUCGCCAAAUGAUUUAAUACUGCAUUUCUUAGGAGAUGACUGAUAUCCCUCCAUUAAUUGAACGCAUCGAUUCUGGAAGACCCAAUCAGAAUGGAAAAAUGAGAUCACUGCCGGAGAAGAUUGAUAAUGUAAUUUUUCCAUCUAUAUCUAUAAGUCUUUAGGACAAAAUCAAAGGGGAUGGCAGCUACGAAAUUCGAAAGAAUGGAAUGUCGGUUGAGGGCAUCGUCGACGUGAUGUCAUUGCUGGAAAAGCCAGUAUCACCGUUGAAUUCGGCAACUUUGAAGAGUUCCCCCAAAUCCCCAGAACAAGAAAAUAUUAAGGUAGGUAGAUUGGCUCUAGUGAGAUGCAAUAUGUUCAGUUUUCUGUAAAACAGAGAUGCGUAGACAACCAAAGGCUCCCAGAAUUCAGUGAUUCAGGGGCAAUGGUCGAAAGCGCGGCCGUGAAGAAAGUGAAGCUUGAGUUGCCAGCACAUUUGAGCGACCUAGAAUCAAGGCGGGAUUCUGCUAUAGACAGAUUUGGUGAAGAUCGAAAGAGUUCGAGAAAUCACUCACCACCGAAGAAAAUGCCUAAAUUAGCUGCUGAAACGGCAGACUUUGGAAGAAAACAAAGAGAUCAUAAGGGCAAAUCCACAGACUCAAAGUCGGAUAAGAGUAAAUUUUUGGUUUUUAUUUAAUGUUUCGGUUUAGAUAAAAAGUUCGAACAAAGAAGUAACGAUCGAGACAACAAGCACAGAGAUAGGUCGGAGAAGAAGAGCAGUUCAAAGGAUUACCGACCCAGUCAUGACGAUAAAGAGAAAUCAAAGUCGAGAACCAAGAGUCCUGAAAAGCGACCGCUCGAGAAGCCAGUGAAAUUGGAUGUAAAGCCAUGUGCAUCUGAGAGAAAUGUGUCGACGCCUGAUCUUCGUCCAAGUAGUCGCCUCAACUCGAACAAGCCCACCUUCAGGGUUAUAAAACCUCCGAGUUUUGCCAUUGGCGAAUAUGAAGGAUACGAUUUUCCUUGUCCCAGCAGGAUGGACCUGCCUGAUCAAUGUGUAUUUAUGAACAGAAGGAAGAUCCCUAACCAUCAAGAGCUGUUGUCAUCGGUCCGUCAGUUCAUUCGUAGUAUUCCGCCAAAUGUAAUAUCUCUUGGAUGUAUGACUCGGUCUUUGUAUUCGAUAGGAUUGCUGUUAUAUUCGUUGUCACCAAGUCAUACGACGACAGAAAGUGAUCUUCGUCAGGCACUGGCCUUGUUAAGGUAAUAAUUAAGGCAUGCGUAUUCUUUUCACACAAAAUUUAGAUCCGUCACCGGGAAACUUUUCAAUGGCCAUUCAGCAUUACCGAAGAACAAGCAUAUUGUCAAAGGACUUUUGUGUUUAGCGGAGGCUCUUGUAUGCACGAAGUUAUAUCAAGAAAACUAUAAUGUAAGACCAUGUUACUUCUUUCGUUACAUUCUGUCAAUCUCUUUACAGCCUUCUAAGAAAAGACGUGCCUUCCUGAAAGUUUACGAAGAAAUCCUUCGACCAACUGGUCACUUGGAAGAUGGCGAAAUACUAGACAGCGAUUUCCUGGAACGCCUGGUCACCGAUAACAAUAAAAAUCUUGUAAGCCAGAUGGCUGCAUCUGAUACGGUAUUAAUAGAUUUCCUUCUUUAAAUAUCUGUUUAGGUUACGAUCCCUAGAGUUCUUUAUAAGUGUAUGAUGGAGGAGAAUGCCUAUUCAAGACUAGCUGAGCAGGCCUUACUGGCAAAUACAAUGGCCCGAAAUGAGCUGGAACUGCAAGAGCAGGGCUUUUUGCGUCGAUUGCGUGAUAUGAAGUUCGAUUUAGAAUGCUCAUCAUCGGCUUUAGGCGAUGCCAUCUUCACUGUCACCUUCUGGAUGCAACGUUCGACCCGGUUUAAACCGAAAACUGAGCCUUCAAAACCAUCAUAG